UGGUAAGAUCUCAGAUCUCUCUCUCUCUCUCUCUCUCUGCCACUGGAGUAAGGAAGAAAGCUGCUCUUUUUAUUAUCUUAUUUAUUCUUUCCUUGCAUACAAGGAAGGGAACACAAAAUAGAAGCAGCUUUGAGAUCCGAAAGAAGCUCUCUCUCACUUGCAGAACUGGAAAAUUUGGGGAAUUGAAAAAAGGAUGGGGAAGAAAGGGAGCUGGUUAUCUUCAGUAAAGAAGGCUUUCAGCCCAGAUUCUAAGAAGGCUAGUAAAUCAAAUAAGAAAAGGUUGGAGAAAGAACAGCUUCAGGUUCCAGACUCUUCAAUUUUUGAAACUCCUAUUGUAUCACUGCCGGCCCCUCCGGUUCCUCCAGUGGAAGAGGUGAAACCGACAGAAGUGGAGAAAGAGCAGACGAAGCAUGCUUACUCGGUUGCAGUUGCGACGGUGGCAGCUGCUGAAGCUGCUGUAGCGGCUGCUCAUGCUGCAGCAGAAGUUGUUAGGUUAACUGCACCAAAUCGAUUUGCUGGAAAAUCGAAGGAGGAAAUUGCUGCAAUUAGGAUUCAAACUGCAUUCCGAGGAUACUUGGCUAGGAGGGCAUUGAGAGCUUUAAGGGGGCUUGUGAGGCUAAAAUCACUUGUUGAUGGGCCAACUGUCAAACGGCAAACUGCAAAUACUCUUAAAUGCAUGCAGACUCUGUCCCGUGUGCAGUCUCAGAUUCAUUCUAGAAGGAAUAGAAUGUUGGAGGAAAAUAGAGCCCUCCAAAGACAGCUCGUGCAGAAACAUGCCAAGGAACUUGAGAACUUGAGGAGAGGGGAGGAAUGGGAUGAUAGUAUACAGUCAAAAGAGCAAGUAGAAGCAAACUUGUUGAGCAAAUAUGAAGCUGCUACGAGACGAGAAAGAGCACUAGCUUAUUCAUAUUCUCAUCAGCAAACAUGGAAGAAGUCCUCGAGGUCUCCCAAUUUAUUGUUUAUGGAUCCGACGAAUCCUCAGUGGGGUUGGAGCUGGCUAGAGAGGUGGAUGGGUGCUAGACCAUGGGAGACAGAGGGAAUGUCAGAGAAAGAGCUUAGAAAUGAUCAGUUGUCUGUGAAAGGUGCGAGCAUUAGUGUGGGAGAAAUCACUAAAUCGUUUGCUCGCCAUCAGCUAAACGCCGAACAGCCUUCCUCGCCCGCCAGCCAAAAGCCAAGUCACUCGUUGGGCCGCCAUUCCCCUGCUACUCCAGCAUCUAAACAACAAUCCCCCUCUUUAAUAUCAGCUAGAAAGCUAAAAUCGCCAAGCCCAAGAGCGAAUGCAGCAACCACUCAAGAUGAUGACACGAGAAGCGUGUUCAGUGUUCAAUCAGAGCGCAACAGGAGGAGGCAUAGCAUUGCUGGGUCAUCAGUGAGAGACGACGAGAGCUUGGCAAGCUCCCCAUCCACUGUGCCAAGCUAUAUGGCACCCACUCAUUCAGCAAAGGCCAAGACACGUUUGCAGAGCCCGUCAGACGGGGAGAAUGGAACAACAACUCCAGAAAGGGGAACUGCGGGGGCUGCAAAGAAGCGGCUUUCGUACCCACGAUCCCCUGCUAGCAGGCCAAGGCGGCAUUCAGGCCCUCCAAAAGUGGAGAACAUCUCCAUUGCUCAACCUGGUACAAAUGGCGAGAUCAAUUAAUAAUAUUCUCAAAAGCACUGCUGUGCCAAUAAGCUGUGUUUGCUGCAGAGAAUAAUGCAAGGGGGGGAAAUAACAGUGCAUUUCUCAUUGAUUUGAUUUGUCAUGCUUCAACUUCUCCACACAAUUCUUUACCUGAAGAUUGGCUCCAGAUGAAGUCAGUCAUCAGAGUUUCUUGGGGCUAGCCCUGCUAUUUGUAUCCCCUUCUCCCACUUGUUCAAAAUUGUAAUACUUGAGAAACCAUAUUUGAUUAUUUGUGAUUAUAUAUGAUUGUACUCGAACAGUCAAAAGCAGUGCUCUUCUUCAUCUUUUAUUUAUUUA